GAACUCACAUCCACUUUUACAACUAGAGACUGAACCUGAGACUUAUGUCAGUGCUGAUUGGAAGGAGACCAGAGAACCUCAGUCAGCUUUGAACUCUCUGAAACAUGAUUCACAAUGUAAGAAACCAUUCAGCUGCUCUGAGUGUGAGAGAAGAUUUGGCCGCAAGUCAUAUCUGAAGAGCCACAUGAUGACUCACACAGGAGAAAAACCUUAUAGCUGCUCAGUCUGUAAGAAAUCUUUUACACGAAGAGGAAGUUUACGGUCACACAUGGUAGUCCACACAGGAGAGAAAAGAUUCAGCUGCUCUGAGUGUGGGAGAAGAUUUGGCUUAAAGUCAACUCUGAAGAUCCACAUGAGAACUCACACAGGAGAGAAACCUUUCAGCUGCUCAGUCUGUCAGGAAUCUUUUACACAGAGUGGACAUUUACAAAACCACAUGAGAAAUCACACAGGAGAGAAACCUUUCAGCUGUUCAGUCUGUAAGAAAUCUUUUAAACAGAGGGGAAAUUUACGGUCACACAUGGUAGUCCACACAGGAAAGAAAAGAUUCAGCUGCUCUAAGUGUAAGAGAGGAUUUGGCAACAAGUCAUCUCUGAAGAGACACAUGAAAACUCACCCAGUAGAGAAACCUUUUAGCUGCUCAGUCUGUAAUAAAUCUUUUACUCAGCGAGGAGGUUUACGAAGUCACAUGAGAAGCCACACAGGAGAGAAACCUUUCAGCUGUUCAGUUUGUAAGAAAUGUUUUAGACAAAAUGGACAUUUACAGACACACAUGGCAGUCCACACAGGACAGACAAGAUUCAGCUGCAUUGUUUGUAACAAAAGAUUUACCUGGCAAUCUCAUCUCAAAAGACAUAAAUGUGUUGGUCAGAUGAAAACAGAAGCUGAUGGAGAGGACUGUGGAGGACCAGAACCAGUCAGGAACUCACAUCCACUUUUACAACCAGAGACUGAAGACCAGACUGGAGACUCUGCUGAACCUGGGACUGAUGACAGUGCUGAUUGGAAGGAGACCAGAGAACCUCGGUCAGCUUUAAACUCUCUGAAACAUGAUUCAAGAUAUGUUGAGCAGCUGUUGGUGGUGAAAGAAGAGGUUUCCCCUGAGCAGCAGGCGUGUAGCUCCAGUGUGGACCAGCAGGAGUGUAGCUCCAGUGUGGACCAGGAGGAGCCAGAGGCCCCCCCACACAUUAAAGAGGAGCAGGAGGAACCGUGGAGCAGUCACGAGGGAGAGCAGCUUCAAGGGCUGGAGGAGGCUGUGAAGAUUGAAGAUGAUGAAGUGGAAGCUCAGUCCUCACAACUUCAUCAGAGACAAACUCAACACAUGGAAACAGAAGCUGAUGGAGAGGUCUGUGGAGGACCAGAACCAGGCAGGAACUCAUAUCCACUUUUACUACCAGUGACUGGAGACCAGACUGGAGACUCUUCGGAACCUGGGGCUGGUGACAGUGCUGAUUGGAAGGAGACCAGAGAACCUCAGUCAGCUUCAAACUCUCUGAAACAUGAUUCAAGAUGUAAGAAAACGUUCAGCUGCUCUGAGUGUGGGAGAAGAUUUGGCCAAAAGGCACAUCUGAAGAGACACAUGAGUACUCACACAGGAGAAAAGCCUUUCACAUGCUCAGUCUGUAAGAAAUCCUUUACACAGAAUGGAGAUUUACAGAAACAUAUGAGAGUCCACACAGGAGAAAAGCCAUUUAGCUGCUCUGAGUGUGGUAAAGCUUUUACUGAAAGUGGAACCAUGAAGAGACACAUGGUUACUCACACAGGAGAAAGACGUUUCACCUGCUCAGUCUGUAAGAAAUCUUUUACACAGAGUGGAAGUUUACGGUCACACAUGGCUGUAGUCCACACCGGAGAGAAAAGAUUUCGCUGCAGUGUUUGUGACAACAGAUUCAUCCGGAGUUCUGAUGUCAAAACACAUAAAUGCGUUGGUCAUAUGGAAACAGAAGCUGAUGGAGAGGACUGUGGAGGACCAGAACUAGCCAGGAAUUUAGUCUUCAUCAAUCACCAAAAUCCAUCUCACACCCAACCGUUCUGGAGUCUCUGGAGCUAAUUCCCGACUCUCCACUCAGCCCCUGGGAAACAAGACACAAGAUCUCCGCUGGUCUGGAGGAGCUGCAGCAUUUGUGCUUGAACUGCAGACUCUAGCUAGCCUACUGCACAUUUACAUAUCUUCACCGCUAAUCACUCUCCUGUCUGUCUCUUGAUAGUCUUGACUAUAAAAUCUUGUAAAAUACUGUCUUGCAGGCCUACGAGCUGGUCCCUGAACUUACCUCGCCUAAAUCUACACAGAGUGACCAAGGCACAAAUUUCAUGUCCAAACUGUUGGCACAGGUAAUGAGAGAGCUAAAAGUUAAACCUGUAACAUCCAGUCCUUACCACCCAGAAUCCAAAGGCACACCUGAGAGGUUCCACCAAAUAUUAAAGUCCGUAAAAACUGAGCAUAAUACUCUGGAUUAUGUCUAUUCUUAUUAUUUGCCGCAUGUGAAACUCCCCAGGAGUCUUUGGGUUUCAGUCCUUUGGAUUUGGUCUUCGUCAAACUGUGCGUGGUCCCCUUCGGCACCUUAAAGAAAAGUGGUUGUUAGAGUCACCAAAAACUGAGCAUAAUGUGCUGGAUUAUGCCAGUUCUUUGCGUGAACGACUCAUCUAUGUGUGUCAGUUGGCCCGUGAUAACUUUGCACAAAAUCAAACUAAAAUGAAGCGGUGUUAUGGCAAAAAGUCUGUCCUCUGUGUGUUCUAACAGGGUGAAAAGGUUUUGGUGCUGCUUCCGUUGCUUGGAUCUAGCUUGCAGUCUCGGUUUGAGAAAUUCAGAAGUACUGAGUAACAUGGAGGGUCUUUGUCCCAUCUGUCUGACUUGGCCCGUGUAGAUAUUGUUGAUUUGCUUGAGGAUAACUUAUUGCUUUUCUCUGACCAUCCUAGUGAAACGUCUGUCCUGUAGCAUAACAUUGAGGUUCAGGGCCACAACCCCAUUAAGCAACAUGCAUAUGGCCUAAAUCUGGCAAAAAGGGCUAUGAUGCUGCAGGAGGUGAAUUAUCUGGUUGAGCAUGGAUCCCGGUACAAGUGCGUGGAGCUCAACCUGUGUUUUGGUUCCAAAACCCGACAUCACCCCUCGUUUUUGUAAUUAUUACAAAAAGUAAAUUCAGUAACCAAAAAUCCGAUUCAUUUCUGCUCCCCAGAAUGGAGGAUUGCAUAGAUUGUGUAGGCUUUGCCAAAUAUAUGACGAAGCUGGACCUGUUACAAUGUUACUGGCAAGUUCUGUUAACACCACUGUCCUCAGAGAUAUCAGCUUUCAACCCUUUCCUCCAGUAUGCAGUUAUGCCAUUUGGGCUGCGUAACGCGACCGCUACUUUACAACUUUUAAUGCGUAUCGUGUUAUCUGGCGUCGUAAAUUGCGAAGCUCAAUUAGAUGAUGUAGUUGCUUACUCCUCCACCUGGUCCGACCAUCUCCACACAUUGGCCCUCAUCUUCAGCCGUCUCUGCAAGGUAUUCCUCGCACUUAUGAGCAACUCUAACGAGCGGCUUAUCCUGCAGAACUUUAAUCUGCAGAUUCACCACAAGAAGGGUAAUGAAAAGAUGAAAGCAGACUCUUUGUCCAGGUGUUCCUCAGACCUGUAGGAAUGAAACCUUUUUUAGGGGUGCGUUUAAUUCUUGGGUGUGGGGGUGUUAUGACUGUAGUCAUAUUUGUUUCUUUGGUUUGCUGUGUGUGCUCUGUGGUUUUUCUCUUGUUUUCAAAUUCAUAUGCAAAUAGGUGUGUGCCAUAGCCGGGAGACAAUUGGUGGAAAUGUUUCAUAACUGAACCUGUGAUUGGCUGCAGCUGGGGAACCACCUGACAUGUAAGGAGCCAAGAUGGCGGCCGUCUGAGGGCAGCAAGCAUUCCUCAUCCCCCAACUGGUCUCACUACUUCAACCUUGUUUUAGAUUAGGUACCGUUUCUUUUGAGCAGUACGGGUGGACUACUACGUGUGUUAAUCUUGUUUUCUCCUGUUUAUUCAGUUAGGGAGGUAAGUCUUUUGUGAUUAUUUUUGCCAUUUGUUUGUUAGGUCAUAUUCUUAUCUCCUAGACAGGAUUGUUUGUUAUUUUGGUGGUAGGCCACCCUGAAGCCUUGAAAAAUGUACCUUUAC